AAAUCUGAAAAACGACAAAAUUACGAAAAUUCCGGGGCGCAACGACAUGUCCGUGCCAGCUUCGCGGGCACACUCUGAGGUGUUCUCGGCGAGCCAAUACGGAGGUGUGACCACAGUUCCCGCACCACGACCCCGCUCCUACAUCAACUAUUUCAUUUUUCCAUCCGCAGUCCUUCACGUCGUCGGAAUUGCGUGUCUCGCCGCACUUUGGUACUACUUGAGGUUCACCAGUGUCUUCCCUUACCAUCAUCGGGUAUUUUACUGUCGAGAUGUUCACCUCUACAAACCAAACUUUGUACCAGAAGAUUUCAACGUCUACGUUUCAUAUCCUCUACUCUACACACUUGCCUUCACAAUUCCUCCCCUAGUUAUUCUGAUCGGUGAGGUGAUGUUCUGGUUGUUCAGCACAAAACCUAGGAAGAUUGUCUACGCGAAUUGUGGAGAGUGCCCAGUUCACUUGUUCACCAGAAGACUCUUCCGUUUCGUCAUCAUCUAUCUUGCUGGUCUCCUGAUUGUUCAGAUUUUUGUUGACACGAUUAAGCUGAUGACUGGAUACCAAAGACCGUACUUUUUGUCCCUUUGCAAUGUUUCUAUAACCGCCUGUACUGCUCCACUAGAGCAUUCACCAUCUCCAUCCCCUCAUUUGGCCUGCAAUUACAGAGGAGCUGAUGAGCUUCGUUACGCAUGGCUCACGUUCCCAUCCCUUCAUGCCGUCGUCUCAUCGUACGCCGCUUGCUUUGCAUCUCUCUACAUCUACUACAUGAUUAACUUGCGUGGAGCCCCACUUCUCCGCCCACUCCUUAUCUUCGGAUUCAUGGGACUCUGCAUCGUCGACUCGUUCUCCCGUAUCAACGGAUACAAAAACCAUUGGCGUGACAUCUGGGUCGCAUGGGUCAUCGGAAUCUUCAUGGCUUGGUUCUUGUGCUACUGCGUCCUGUGCUUCCAAGAAGUCUACCAUAUGACUAUCGAACGUACGCCGAUUGUUCAAGAGGAGCGCGUCUCGCCGUUCUUCAGUUGGUUUAGACUUCCACGUGUUCAGGCUCCGUCGGUGAAGGAGGAAUAUGUCGUCUACGAGGAAGACGUGGAGCGGCCGAACGGCACACUGCGAAACCGUCAUAACCAAGGAAAUCGUCAAUACGAGGUGACGACAACAACGGAAUCCUUCCAUAGAACCAUCAGUCCACAACAGCAGCAACAACAGCAGCAGGGACAUCAAAAUGAUGGAUAUCGGUACUAGGUGCAUACACUAUCAAAAUCUCAUAUCUCUAAUUUUCUCCAAUCCCAGAAACCCAGUUUUUUUCUUAAUUCUGUUAUGCUCAUCAAAAAGAAUUUCUCAUCUCUUUCUCUCCCGCUCUCACUUAAUUAUUUUUUAAAUUAAUAUUUAAUCUAACUAUGAUAUUUAAAUAAAUUUCUCUUGUAUGUGUAUAUACCGUGCUCUUAGCGGAAUGCGGCAUUUUCUCUAUGUCUCUGAAUACCCGGCAGUCUUUCGCUUUUUUUGCUUUUACAAUUUUUUCGUUUAUUUCUUUUUUUUUGCUUUGUUUUGCACCACUCAAACCUUCAACAAUAAAUUAUUCAAAUUUCG